UCAGAUUCUAGAAUGGAACUUGUUCCCAUAAUUAUUUGCUUGGAAAUUCUACUUCCACAUAAUAUAGAAGGAAAGCUUGUAUGGCUGGCAAACGCUUAUUAUUCCUCUGACCCAAAGUACAUAGAAGAUUUUUUUGUCAAAGUAUUCAAUGACAAAGAUGGCAAGCCGAGAGUCAAUUCCUCUGCAAAUCAGGUUAAAGACUUGGAAAAGUUUGUGGUGACAUUAAUGAUUAAGGAAAAAUCAAGAAAAGACGCAAUUGAAUAUAAUCAUAUUUUAUUAAUGGCAAAUGUGAACUCAUGCAAAGUUUCGAAAGGUGUUUUCGGAAACUUCUUGAUUGAUAUCGUUUAUAAUUUGUUGAAAGAGGUUUCAAACUUCAAGUUUUCAUGUCCACAAGUUAAAGGUUUAGUAGCUCCAACAUUUACACCAUUCAAUGACCAACACGAGAUUAAUUACGAUGCUUUUGAACCUUACGCAAAACUUCUUAAGUCUAAAGGAAUUAAAGCUUUUCUUGUGAAUGGAACUUCGGGCGAAGGAAUGCUUUUGUCGGUUAGUGAACGUAAAAAGGCAGCAGAGAAGUGGUCAGAAGUUUGUAAGAAACUUGACAUUCUGUUAAUGGUGCAAGUCUCUGGAUGUCCCUUCCCAGAUGUUAUUGAGUUAACCAAACAUGCAGCAAGUCUUAAAGUUGAUGGAAUUCUGUGCCUUCCUGAACUUUACUUCAAACCGAAGACUAUCGAGAAAUUGGUGAAUUAUCUGAAAGACAUUUCAGUUUAUUGCCCAAACAUUCCACUUUACUACUAUCACAUUCCAAUGUUGACUCAAGUUGAUUUACCAAUGGCCAGUUUCAUGCAACUUGCCAAAAAAGAAAUUCCGAACUUCACUGGCAUCAAGUACACUUCGGGAGAUCUUGAGAAAGGAAUUUUGUGUCUGAAGCAUGGACAAGUGUUUCUCGGUUCCGACACAAUUCUUUGCGGUGCUCUUGCUUUGGGUUUAGUAGCUCCAACAUUUACACCAUUCAAUGACCAACACGAGAUUAAUUACGAUGCUUUUGAACCUUACGCAAAACUUCUUAAGUCUAAAGGAAUUAAAGCUUUUCUUGUGAAUGGAACUUCGGGCGAAGGAAUGCUUUUGUCGGUUAGUGAACGUAAAAAGGCAGCAGAGAAGUGGUCAGAAGUUUGUAAGAAACUUGACAUUCUGUUAAUGGUGCAAGUCUCUGGAUGUCCCUUCCCAGAUGUUAUUGAGUUAACCAAACAUGCAGCAAAUCUUAAAGUUGAUGGAAUUCUGUGCCUUCCUGAACUUUACUUCAAACCGAAGACUAUCGAGAAAUUGGUGAAUUAUCUGAAAGACAUUUCAGUUUAUUGCCCUAACAUUCCACUUUACUACUAUCACAUUCCAAUGUUGACUCAAGUUGAUUUACCAAUGGCCAGUUUCAUGCAACUUGCCAAAAAAGAAAUUCCGAACUUCACUGGCAUCAAGUACACUUCGGGAGAUCUUGAGAAAGGAAUUUUGUGUCUGAAGCAUGGACAAGUGUUCAUCGGACCUAAUUCAAUCCUUUGUGGUGCUCUUGCUUUGGGUUUUAAGAACGCAAUCAUGACAUCACUCAAUACAAAUCCUGAAGCUGGUUUAAAGAUUUUUGAGUUGAUGGAGCAAGGAAAGUUAGCUGAAGCACAAAAUCAACAAAAGUUACUUAAUGAAUAUUUAGAAACAACUAUGAAGAAAGGCAAUGGCGAAUGGGUUCCAUCAUUGAAGAAAGAAUUUAAUGAACAAUUCAAGCCAAUUUACCUUGGACCAACACGAAAACCUCUUUNACAAAUGCAGAAGCUUAAGCAAUUUAAAGGAUUAAUGGCACCAACUUUUACACCAUUUAAUGGUGAUAAAGAAAUUAAUUAUGGAAUAAUUGAAAGUUACGCGAAAUCAUUGAAUGCAAAAGGAAUCUCAGCGAUUUUAGUGAAUGGAACUUCAGGUGAAGGAAUGUCGUUGUCAGUCAGUGAGAGAAGAAAGGUUACAGAGAAGUGGUCAGAAGUUUGCAAGAAACUUGACAUUCUGUUAAUGGUGCAAGUCUCUGGAUGUCCCUUCCCAGAUGUUAUUGAGUUAACCAAACAUGCAGCAAAUCUUAAAGUUGAUGGAAUUCUGUGCCUUCCUGAACUUUACUUCAAACCGAAAACUAUCGAGAAAUUGGUGAAUUAUCUGAAAGACAUUUCAGUUUAUUGCCCAAACAUUCCACUUUACUACUAUCACAUUCCAAUGUUGACUCAAGUUGAUUUACCAAUGGCCAGUUUCAUGCAACUUGCCAAAAAAGAAAUUCCGAACUUCACUGGCAUCAAGUACACUUCGGGAGAUCUUGAGAAAGGAAUUUUGUGUCUGAAGCAUGGACAAGUGUUCAUCGGACCUAAUUCAAUCCUUUGUGGUGCUCUUGCUUUGGGUUUUAAGAACGCAAUCAUGACAUCACUCAAUACAAAUCCUGAAGCUGGUUUAAAGAUUUUUGAGUUGAUGGAGCAAGGAAAGUUAGCUGAAGCACAAAAUCAACAAAAGUUACUUAAUGAAUAUUUAGAAACAACUAUGAAGAAAGACGAUAUCGAUGUUGAUGAUAUUACGGAAAUGGGAAUUCUUUCAGAACGUCAACCACCAAUGGAGGGACUUAUGGAAAUCCCAAAUUCGAAUUCUAUUAUACGAGAGGAGACAGUACGAGCCUUGUACAGCAACAACGUUUAUGAUCAGCUGGCUGCAACUCAAAAAUUUCGAAAAAUGCUUUCAAAAGAGCCAAAUCCUCCUAUAGAUGAGGUCAUCAGAACAGGAAUUGUGCCUAGAUUUGUGGAACUUUUACAAAACCAUGAGAACCACACAUUGCAGUUUGAAGCUGCUUGGGCGCUCACAAAUAUUGCAUCAGGAACCAGCCAACAGACACAAAUCGUUCUAGAGGCAAAAGCAAUUCCUGUCUUUGUAAAUUUGCUAGCAACAAGUCAAAAUAAUGACGUUCAAGAGCAAGUUGUAUGGGCUUUGGGCAAUAUUGCAGGAGAUUCUGCUGCUUGUCGUGAUGAAGUGUUGGACGCGGGGAUUUUAGAUCCACUCUUAAUGAUUUUAGAAUCAUCAUCACGAAUGAACAUGUGCCGAAACGGUGUCUGGACGCUGUCAAAUCUUUGUCGUGGUAAAAGUCCUCCACCAGACUUUGAAAAAGUCUCAAAAUGUCUCCCAGUUCUCGCACGUUUUAUCUUUCAUGACGACAAUGAAGUUUUGAGUGAUGCAUGUUGGGCACUAAGCUAUUUAAGUGAUGGGCCAAAUAACAAAAUUCAAGCGGUGAUUGAUGCUGGUGUAUGUCGUCGUUUGGUGGAACUUCUUGCGUUUCGGUCUUGCAAUAACGUUAUCUCGGCUGCAUUACGUGCUGUUGGUAACAUCGUGACUGGUGACGAUGCACAGACGCAAAUUGUGCUUAAUUGCAAUGCUCUUCCCGCUCUUUAUCAACUCCUACAAUCGGAAAAGGAUACAAUCGUAAAAGAAGCGUGUUGGACUAUUUCAAACAUUGCUGCUGGCAAUAAACAACAAAUUCAAGCCAUCAUUGAUGCCAACAUUUUCCCAAUGCUUAUCAAUAUUCUUCGAACAGCUGAAUAUAAAACAAGAAAAGAAGCGGCAUGGGCAGUGACAAAUUCGACAAGUGGUGGAACAUCUGAGCAGAUUAAUUAUCUGGUUUCGGUUGGAUGUAUUCCACCGAUGUGUGAAUUAUUGACGGUGAUGGAUGCAAACAUUGUGCAAGUUGCUUUAAAUGGUUUAGAAAAUAUUCUGAAAUCUGGAGAGGAAUGUCAUCAUAAACCAAAUCCUUUUGCUGUAAUGAUUGAAGAAUGUUAUGGUCUCGAUAAAAUUGAAUUCCUACAAACACAUUCGAAAACGGAGAUCUAUGAACGCGCUUACAGUAUCCUUCAAGAGUACUACGGCAACGACGAAGAAGAUGCCGGCGUUGCUCCAUCAACUCAAAAUAAUGAGUUUCAAUUCACGAAUCAACCAGUCACUGACAAUAGAAGAGAAAACAUGUCAACUGAAAAAGAACCUGUUGGCGAUGAUAUUGAAGGAGAUGUUGAUGAAAACUACAAGGCGCCACCCCAAAAGACUAUCGAAGAGAUUUUAAGUCUUGACAAUGAGGAUGAAAGUUUGCGCAAGUAUAAAGAAGCACUGCUAGGCUCUCAAGCUGAGAAAAUUAUCAUUGAUGCCAACAAUCCAAAGAAUGUUAUUGUCAAAAGACUUGCACUGGUUGUUACUGAUAGACCAGACAUGGUCCUGGAGCUUGAUGGCGAUUUAUCUCAAUUAAAAAAACAAUCAUUCGCUAUUAAGGAAGGCAUUCAAUAUAAAAUUAGAAUCGAGUUCUACGUUCAACGUGAAAUUGUUCAUGGAUUAAAAUAUGUUCAGAAGACAUCUCGAAUGGGUGUCAACGUUGAUAAGAUGACGCACAUGGUUGGUUCAUAUCCUCCAAAAACAGAAAUUCAAAGUUUUACGACAAACUUUGAAGAGGCACCGAGUGGAAUGCUCGCUCGUGGUGAAUAUUCUGUGUCAUCAUUGUUCACUGAUGACGAUAAAACGGAGCAUUUGAAAUGGGAAUGGACAUUGAAAGUUGAAAAAGACUGUGCGCAGUUUGAUCCACAUUUCUGGGGUGGGCGUUCUGGAAUGGUUCACCUGUUCGAGUGGAAAUGGAGCGACAUUGCAAAUGAAUGUGAAAACUUCCUUGCUCCAAAUGGAUUUGCUGGUGUUCAAAUCUCGCCUCCAAACGAGAAUGUGAUUGUCCCGAAUCGUCCAUGGUGGGAACGUUACCAACCAGUUUCGUAUCACUUAAAUACAAGAUCGGGAAAUGAAGCGGCUUUCGCUGACAUGACACGUCGUUGCAACGCUGUCGGUGUUCGUAUCUACGCUGAUGCUGUCAUCAAUCACAUGUCAGGAAUGAGUGGAACUGGAACUGGAGGAUCAAGUGCAGACAAUUGGAACAUGCAAUGGCCAGCAGUUCCUUUCGGUCCAAAUGACUUCAAUCCACGUUGUGAUAUUGAAAGCUACAACGAUAUUUAUCAAGUUCGUAAUUGCUGGUUGGUGGGAUUGGCUGAUUUGAAGCAAAGUCAAGAAUAUGUUCGGCAAAAGAUCGCAGACUUUUUAAAUCAUCUCAUUAAUUUGGGUGUCGCUGGUUUCCGUGUCGACGCAAUGAAGCACAUGUGGCCUGGCGAUAUGGAAAAUAUUUUUGGUCGUUUAAAUAAUCUUAACACCAACUAUGGAUUCCGCAGUGGUGCUCGUCCAUUUAUUACACAAGAAGUCAUUGAUUUAGGUGGUGAAGCAAUCACCAAAUACGAAUACACUCACCUUGGAACUGUCACAGAGUUCCGUUACUCAGCCGAAAUUGGAAAAGCUUUCCGCGGUGGAAAUCAAUUGAGAUAUUUAAAAAAUUUUGGGACCGAGUGGGGUUUCUUAGAAUCUCAUUUGGCUUUGACUUUUGUUGACAAUCACGACAACCAAAGAGGUCAUGGAGCUGGUGGUGCUGAUGUUUUGACUUACAAACAAUCGCGACAAUAUAAAAUGGCAACAGCUUUCCAUCUUGCGUGGCCAUUCGGAAUCAAUCGUAUCAUGAGCUCUUUUGAAUUCACUAACACUGAAGCUGGUCCACCAGCUGAUGGAAAUGGAAAUUUAAGAUCACCAACAUUUAAUGCUGAUGGAUCAUGCGGGGGUGGAUGGGUUUGUGAACAUCGAUGGCGGCAAAUUUACAACAUGGUUGGCUUCCGUAAUGCUGUUGAGGGUACAGGCGUAGAGAAUUGGUGGGAUAAUGGUGGAAACCAGAUAGCAUUCUCACGUGGCAACCGCGGAUUCAUCGCUUUCAAUGGAGAAGGCUACGCUUUGAACCAAAACUUAGCCACUGGUUUGUCAGCUGGAACUUACUGUGAUCUUGCAUCUGGUAUAAAGAGUGGAAGUUCUUGCACUGGUAGCUCAAUUCAAGUUGGAGGCGAUGGACGUGCGAACAUUAACUUAAGCAACACUGCUUAUGACGGCUUCAUUGCAAUUCACGUUAAUGCUAAAUUACAGCAGGUGAAACUUUCAGAUAUUUACAGUUUAUACAGAAAACAUCAUUGUGUGAAAAAAAGUUUUAGAAUAAAAAUUGCUGUUCUCUUAAUUUCAUCUUUAGUAUUGAGACUUGAAGUGAUGAAAAUAUUUUUUAUAUUUCUAAAUUUUCUGGGUGCAUCUCGUGCGCAAUUCGAUCCACAUUUCUGGGGUGGGCGUUCUGGAAUGGUUCACCUGUUCGAGUGGAAAUGGAGCGACAUUGCAAAUGAAUGUGAAAACUUCCUAGCUCCAAAUGGAUUUGCUGGUGUUCAAAUCUCACCUCCAAAUGAGAAUGUGAUUGUCCCGAAUCGGCCAUGGUGGGAACGUUACCAACCAGUUUCGUAUCACUUAAAUACAAGAUCGGGAAAUGAAGCGGCUUUCGCUGACAUGACACGUCGUUGCAACGCUGUCGGUGUUCGUAUCUACGCUGAUGCUGUCAUCAAUCACAUGUCAGGAAUGAGUGGAACUGGAACUGGAGGAUCAAGUGCAGACAAUUUGGGCAUGCAAUGGCCAGCAGUUCCUUUCGGUCCAAAUGACUUCAAUCCACGUUGUGAUAUUGAAAGCUACAACGACGCUAUUCAAGUUCGUAAUUGUUGGUUGGUGGGAUUGGCUGAUUUAAACCAAGGCCAUGAAUACGUUCGGCAAAAGAUCGUUGAUUAUAUGAACCAUCUCAUUGAUUUGGGUGUCGCUGGCUUCCGUGUCGAUGCAAUGAAGCACAUGUGGCCUGGUGAUAUGGAAAAUAUUUUUGGUCGUUUAAAUAAUUUGAAUACUGCGCAUAAUUUUCAUUAUGGGGCACGUCCAUUUAUUGCACAAGAAGUCAUUGAUUUAGGUAAUGAAGCAAUAGAAAAAUACGAAUACACUCACCUUGGAACUGUCACAGAGUUCCGCUACUCAGCUGAGAUUGGAAAAGCUUUCCGAGGUGGAAAUCAAUUGAAAUGGUUGAGAAACUUUGGAACCGAGUGGGGAUUUUUGCAGUCUCAUUUGGCUUUGACUUUUGUUGACAAUCACGACAACCAAAGAGGUCAUGGAGCUGGUGGUGCUGAUGUUUUGACUUACAAACAAUCGCGACAAUAUAAAAUGGCAACAGCUUUCCAUCUUGCGUGGCCAUUCGGAAUCAAUCGUAUCAUGAGCUCUUUUGAAUUCACUAACACUGAAGCUGGUCCACCAGCUGAUGGAAAUGGAAAUUUAAGAUCACCAACAUUCAAUGCUGAUGGAUCAUGCGGGGGUGGAUGGGUUUGUGAACAUCGAUGGCGACAAAUUUAUAACAUUGUUGGCUUCCGUAAUGCUGUUGAGGGUACAGGUGUAGAGAAUUGGUGGGAUAAUGGUGGAAACCAGAUAGCAUUCUCACGUGGCAACCGCGGAUUCAUCGCUUUCAAUGGAGAAGCUUUUCCUUUGAACGAAAACUUGUACACGGGCUUACCAGGUGGAGCCUAUUGUGAACUAUCAUCUGGUAUAAAAAGUGGUUAUAUCUGUACUGGUAAUACGAUCCAUGUGGAUUGUCAUGGAGUUGCCAACAUUAAUUUAAGCAACACUGCUUAUGACGGUUUCAUUGCAAUUCACGUUGACGCCAGAUUAUAUGACGUUUCUCUAAAAGUAAUGUCGCAACAUAUAGAAAAUAUAAAGAGGCUUCAGUCCUCUAUAGAAAGCAUCAGAAAUAUUUGUAUAUUAGCUCAUGUAGAUCACGGAAAGACAACAUUAGCUGAUUAUUUAAUAGCCAACAAUGGAAUCAUCUCAAGUCGAAAUGCUGGACCGAUGCGUUAUUUAGACAAUCGUCCAGAUGAACAAGAGCGCCAAAUCACAAUGAAAGCUUCAAACAUUUCACUUUAUUACAAAUCAAAAUCAUCAACUGAAUAUUUAAUCAAUCUCAUUGAUUCACCGGGUCAUGUGGACUUUUCGAGUGAAACAUCGGCUGCAGUUCGUUUAGCUGAUGGUUGUAUAGUUGUUGUGGAUGUGAUAGAAGGAGUUUGUGCUCAGACGAGAACAAUCCUUCAGCAAGCAUACAAUGAGAACUUAAAACCGAUUUUGUUUCUCAAUAAAAUCGAUCGACUCAUUCUCGAAAGAAAUAUGAACAGUGCUGAGGCUGAAGAUCAUUUAAGAAGAUUAUUAGAGCAAAUAAAUGCAGUUGUUGGCAAUCUUUUUGCAUCUCAAGUAUUAAAAGAUGAGGACACAGAAAACUCAAAUCAAGAAUCUGCACUUGAGUCAUCUGAUGAUUCCAAGCUCUAUUUUAAUCCUAAUGAGGGUAAUGUCAUAUUUGGAUCAGCCCAAGAUGGAUGGGGACUUAGUCCAAUUCACUUUGCUGAAAUGUUCUCUACUAAAAUGGAAAUUCCACUUGAGAUUUUAAGUCAAAAAAUUUGGGGUGAUUUCUAUUACAAUUUUAAACACAAAAGAUGUGAUUCGGGAGCUUAUUCCAAGGGGAAAACAACAAUUUUUGUCCAAGUAAUUCUUGAUAAUAUUUGGACACUUUACAAUAAUGUGAUGUCGGGUGAAGUCAGUAAAAUUCCGGCUUUUUGUGAGAGACUUAGACUUAAAUAUCGUCCACCAAAAACCACAACAGUUAAUCGAAAGGCAAUUUUGAAGAGUGUUUGCAUGGAAUGGCUUCCACUUCAUCAUGCAAUGUUCGAGAAGAUUGUUGAACAAGUAACAAAUCCAAGCGCGAUGUAUGACAUCAAAAUGUCGAAGCUUUUAAGUUUGGAUGAAUCGCAGAUACCUAAAAUAGAAUUUCAUAAUAAUGAUGAUUCAAAAGUCAUUGCAUUCAUUGCAAAAAUGGUUCCGAUCACAUUUCGAGAACUUCAAGCUUGCGACAAAAGUUUGAAAGAUGUCAGCAGCGAUGAAUAUGAAGAUGAUGAUCAAGUUUUGAUUGCAUUUGCCAGAAUUUAUAGUGGAACAUUGAGAGAAGAUUCAAAAGUUCAUUUAGUUAAGUCGGAUUACAAUCCAAAGAAGAAGAAUGUUGAACAGCUUGAGUCUGUAACAAUUAAGCGAAUCUACCUCAUGAUGGGAAGAAAUCUUGAGCCUAUCAAUGAAGCACAUACUGGAAUGAUUGUUGGAAUUUGGGGACUUCAAAAGCAUGUCAUUAAAACUGCUACGUUGUCGUCAAGUGAUAAUUGUCCUCCAUUUAAUGGAUUGGAUAUUUUAGCACCGCCGGUUGUUCGUGUUGCUGUUGAGCCAACAAAUGUCGAUGAUAUGCCGAAGCUUGUUAAAGGAUUAAAAAUUCUCAAUCAAGUUGAUUCAUGUGUUCAAAUAAUGAUUCAAGAAUCGGGUGAACAUGUUCUGUGUGUCCUUGGUGAAGUUCAUCUCGAGAAAUGUGUUCGCGAUUUAAAAGAAAGUUAUGCAAAAAUUUCCUUAAAUGUCUCAAAACCAAUUGUUCAAUUUCGUGAGACGAUUGUGAUGGAUCCAGUGAUAAGUUCAAAGAAUUUGAUAAACACUGAUGAUGAAAAGAAAUCAGUAACAAUUAAUGGUCGUAAUAAUGCGUGCACCAUCAAAAUGAUUGCAAUUCCAUUGCCAAAAGAUUUAGUGGAGUUGCUAGAAGCAAACAAAAAUGCAUUGAAAGUUUUCAUCGAUAAAUUCGAAGACGAUUCAUCCGAAUCGACAAUCAAAAUGAGUCGAGAAUUAUUGGAAGUUAAAAAUUCUGUUGUUAAUGAAAUAAAAAAAUCACUUGAGGAUGCUAUUGAUGUUGAAGAUAUUUGGAGUAUGGGGCCGAAGAAGUCAAGCACUUGCAUUCUGGCCAAUAAAAGCUCUUAUAAGCAUUUAAAUUUCUGGUCAAGUGGAACUGGAGCUGUGGGCCUUUAUGAUCGUGCAAUUAUCAACGGUUUUCAAACCGCCGUUCAAUCUGGUCCGCUAUGCCAAGAGCCGAUGCAUGGCGUUUGCUUUCUGCUUCAAGAAUUUAAUGUUGAUGAAACGUGCGAGAAGAGCGAAAGCCCAAUAUCUGGCAUCAUCAUCACUGCUGUGAAAGAAGCGUGUCGACUUGCAUUUCAAAAGCAAGCACAGCGUCUUGUCGGUCCAAUGUACCAAUUGAAUGUGAUAGCUAAUCAGGAUGUUCUGGGUAAGUUAAACUUAUAA